UGAGAAAGAACAAAGACUUGUUUUCCCUUUAUUUUCCCGUAUGUUAAAACAGAUUUUGAACCUCGCCAAAGGACAGCUUACCAGACAACCGAUCAUUUACUGUAGCAGAACUUUACAAACUAAAUAAUGGAAACUAACAAUGUUAAAACUUUCCAUCAGUUUGUUGUAUGUGAUGAUGAUUUAGAACAACAUUCCAAAGUACAUGUUAAAGAAGAGAAAACUGAUGAUGUCGAUGAAUAUUGUCAUGUUAUAGAAGAGAAAACUGAUGAUGUAGGUGAAUAUUGUCAUAUUAAAGAAAAGAAAACUGAAGAUAUUGAAACUGUUUAUCAGUGUAAUUUGUGUGAUGAAGAAUUUAAAUUAGAAGCAGAUUUAGAAAAACACUGUGAAAUACAUGUUAGUCAGCAAGAUCAAACAGGAAAAAAACCUUAUAAAUGUGAUGUUUGUGGUAAAUCAUUUUCUAGAAACUUUAAUCUACAGCAACACAUCAGAAUUCAUACUGGUGAAAAACCUUAUAAAUGUGAUGUUUGUGGUAAAUCAUUUACUAAGAGUAGGUGUCUACAGAGACACCUCAGAAUGCACACUGGAAAAAAACCUUAUAAAUGUGAUGUUUGUAGUAAAUCAUUUCUUCAUAAAUGUAAUCUACAGAAGCACAUCAGAAUUCAUACUGGUGUAAAACCUUAUAAAUGUGAUAUUUGUGGUAAAUCAUUUAGUAACAAAGGUCAUCUGGAUACCCACAUGAGAAUACAUACUGGAAAAAAACCUUAUAAAUGCAAUGUUUGUAGUAAAUCAUUCACCACUAGUAGUAAUCGACAGUCACACAUAAAAAUUCAUACUGGUGAAAAACCUUUUAAUUGUGAUGUUUGUAGUAAAUCAUUUACACACGGCAGAAGCCUACAGAUACACAUGAUAAAUCACACAGGUGAACAACCUUUUAAAUGUGAUGUUUGUAAUAAAUCAUUCACACAAAGUAACACUCUACAGUCACACAUGAGAAUUCAUACUGGAGAAAGGCAUUUUAAAUGUGAUGUUUGUAGUAAAUCAUUCAUCACUAGUAGUAAUCUACGGCAACACAUCAGAAUUCAUACUGGUGAAAAACCUUUUAAUUGUGAUGUUUGUAGUAAAUCAUUUACUAAUAAAAGUCAUCUUAAGAGACACAUCAGAAUGCAUACUGGAAAAAAACCUUAUAAAUGUGAUGUUUGUAGUAAAUCAUUUUCUGAUUGUAGUCAACUACAGACACAUAUGAGAAUUCAUACAGGUGAAAAACCUUAUAAAUGUGAUGUUUGUAGUAAAUCAUUUACCACCAAUGGUAAUCUACAACAACACAUGAGAUAUCAUACAGGUGAAAAACCUUAUAAAUGUGAUGUUUGUAGUGAAUCCUUCACAUCUAAUAGAAACCUACAGAUACACACGAGUAUUCAUACAGGUGAAAGACCUUUUAAAUGUGAUGUUUGUAGUAAAUCAUUCACACGUGGUAGAACCCUACGGUUACAUAUGAGAAUUCACACUGGAGAAAAACCAUAUGAAUGUGAUGUUUGUAGUAAAUCAUUUAGUCAGAGUGGAGGCCUACAGAGCCACAUGAGAACUCAUACUGGGGCAAAACCUUAUAAAUGUGAUAUUUGUAGUAAAUUAUUUACACGUAGUAGAAACCAACAGAGGCACAUCAGAAAUCAUACUAGAGAAAAAUCAAUAUAAUUGUGAUGUUUGUAGUAAAGCAUUCUCACUAGUGAUGGUCCAAUAUGGCUACUAUCGGUUUUACUGAUAUCAGAUAUUGACAGAGAAAUAUAUCGGCCCAUACAGAUACAAUUACUGAUAAUGGUGGAUAUAAAACUACUGCACAUUAAAUGUUCCGAAUGUCAUAAUAAUCCAUGUAGUUACAUGUCAUUUUUAGUUGAGAAAUGCCCGAACGUGAUUUUUUAAAGGGAUAAUUGGGUCCCGCAUCCUACGCAGUCAAAAAUACACAUACUUAAUUAUUAGCUGUAUGAUUAAUUAAUAAAGUCUAGAUUAUCAGUUAUUGAAUGUUGGUUACGAUAUAAUUCCCUAAAUUGAUCAGCAUCUGUAUGUCUAUCACAGAUGUCAGAAUGGUUUAUGGGGUAAUAAUACGACAUCAGAGCGAUAGUUUCCUUCCACUGUUAAAAACCCCCACGCGCAAGCAAAUUAUUGAAAUAAAAAUAAACCAUAUGUUAGUCCCGAAAUGACCCAGUUUGUGUUGAGUGGACGCUAAACCCCAUUUCUCUCUCUCUCCUGCCAUUGCUGUAACUUGAGAUGAAAAUAAAACCAGAUGUUUGUAUAUUAUUAAUUAAUAAAGUAUGAUCUAUAUUAUAAGUUAUUAAAUGUGCAUAACGAUACAUGUAAUACUUUUAGUAGAAUUUUUGCUCGAGAAAUAACAUAUUCACAUAAUAUGUGAUAUGUACUUAAAAUACUUAAAUAAAGUUUAAUUUUAAUUACAGUAAGAUUUGCUAAUACGUUUUCGAAAUAAUAUAUUAAUAAUAAUGUUAGACAUAAAGUUUAAAAAAAAAAUAGUAAUAGUUAGUUCUUGGUCUGAUGGCAAUGACAUGUUUGAUUGAUGGAUAAAAUUGUACAAACCAAUCAUAAUUAGAAGAAAAAAAAAAAGUUUCAACUUGACACUAUGGUAGCUGAAACAGACCAAUACAAAUCCAAGAAGAAGAAAUGGUUUACCAGUUUACCAAAUUGACAUUUCCUGAGACAGAAUUUAAAGUGAAUCCUGAACUUUAUAAAUAUUAUGUGAUGCGUUUUGAAAUUAGGACACUUGAAGAUUUAAAAAAGACAAUUUGUGUUUUCUGUGUUUAGGCUUAGUGGAUUUUCAUAGGAUUUUACAGUGAUGAACUUUUUGGAGAACUUUUGCAUGCAACUUUUGAUUUUUGAUUAUUUGUGUUUUUAUUUCAUAAUUUUGUUAUAUAGUAUAGUAUCAUUGAUAUUUGCCUGUUGCAUGAAUAAUUAUAGGGUUUAGCACAUAGAAGUUUUAAGAGCCUCCUACCUGUUCAUUUAGCAUAAAUCUUGCAAGUGGGGGAGGUGAUAUAUGUUGAUUUUCUAGAUUUCUGCUACAUUUAUGAAUAGUUAUAUAAUCCACAGAUGUUGGUAUGGUUAUUAUAAAGGAUUCAAGGGAUCUUUUACCCAAUACCGAGCAAAAAGUCUUAAAGAAAGGGACGAAUGUAAUACUUUUAGUAGAAUUUUUGCUCGAGAAAUAACAUAUUAGCAUAAUAUGUACUUAAAAUACUUAAAUCAACUCAGUCUGUAAUUGACAGUUGACACAUAAAAAGAGCUAUUUAUUGAAAACAUAGUCAAUAAUUUACCACCAGAAUUACACGUGAGUGGAAUUAUUCUAAUUGCAUCAUUUGGUUUAAAGUAACCAAUCAUAUCGUUAAUUGCACAGGUUCAGGGCCAUGAACACGCUUAUUUCUGCGUGAUAAACGUGGGUGCUAUAUAAGAUAUCUAUUUGAACCUUUCAAGCCAGACUUCCAUUAGAUUCCAGAGAGCUUCCAUGUGAGUUCUUAGACAGCCGCCAGGCUGGCUAGGGUGGAGAAAUGGUUUUAGUUAGUAUUGUUAUAUAUUAUGCUUGUAUCCAUGGCUAUGCUAUAUAAAAUGUA